AUGAAUACUAUUUUUUUCAUUUUUGCUUUUCUCUCCGCAUAUACCUUUCAUGCUAUUUCUUCUGCCAAUGAUUUUUGUGUAGCAGAUUUAUCACUUCCCAAAACCCUAACAGGCUAUUCAUGCAAACCAGAAACAAAUGUAACAGUUGAUGAUUUUGUGUUCUCUGGCUUGGUAGAGGGAAAGCCAGUAGCACCUUUUAACACUGGAUUAACCGCCGCAACCGUUGCAAAUUUACCAGGUCUUAAUGGACUUGAUAUUGCUGCAGCAAGAGUAGACAUGGGUGUAAAUGGAACAGUACCAAUGCACUAUCAUCCUGAAUCAAGUGAGUUGCUUAUAAUUGUUGAAGGUGAAGUCACAGUUGGAUUUAUUACACCACAAAAAGCUUAUGUGAAAACUCUUAAACCUAGUGAUGUUAUAAUUCUUCCAAAAGGACAAUUGCAUUUUUUGAUUAACUCUGGUAAAGAAAAAGCUGUUAUUUUUGGAGCUUUAAGUAGCUCAAGCCCUACUGUGCAUGUAGCUGAUUUUCUUUUGUUUGGUAAUGACUUAUCAACUUCCAUAAUUGCACAAACUACUCUACUUGAUGUGUCACAAAUUGAGAAGCUUAAGGCUGUGUUUGGCGGCAGUGGAUAG